CAUAUAUAAAUCAAUAUCACACCAACACUUUAUUCAUUCUACUCCAACUUCUGUAUCACAAGUCACAGUGGCUUAUUACAUUCAGCCUAUAUUAAAACAGUCUUAAAACCAUUCUUUGCAUUCUUCAUGCACUCAUACCUUACAUAAGAUAUACCACAGUCUGGUGCAUCCAAGUUUGUGUACCUUCCAUCCAUAUAUAUAUCUUCAUGGUAGCAGUGGCUGUUGUGCAUGGUGGAUCAGGUGGUGAUCCAGACGAACCAAUGAAUAAGCCAGUGGGGCUUGGUGUGUCUUCGUAUUCAGACGAGGUGGUCAGCAAUAAUGGAGAUGGUGAUGGUGAGAGUAAAGUUGGAGUUCAAGUUGAUAACAAGUUGAUGAGUAGUCUGCUUGAGACUGUGGAUGAAGAUCAUGUCAAGUUCUUGAGGAGAUUAAGAGAAAGAAUUGACAGGGUUGGGGAUGAAACACCCAAGAUUGAAGUAAGAUAUGAGAACUUAUCAGUGGAAGGAGAUGCUUAUGUUGGUGAUAGAGCUCUUCCCUCUCUCUACAAUUCCAUCUUCAACUCAGUUGAGAGCACACUUCAAUUGCUUGGGUUAUGUCCUUCCAAAAAGAUGAAAGUGCAGAUCCUUCAAUCCAUUAGUGGCAUCAUCAAACCAUCAAGGAUGACACUGCUUUUAGGUCCACCAGGUGCAGGCAAAACCACAUUUCUGCUAGCACUUGCUGGGAAACUUGAUCAUGAUGUCAAAGUAGCCGGAAAUGUCACUUAUUGUGGCCACCAACUGUUUGAAUUUAUUCCUCAAAGGACAUGUGCUUAUGUAAGUCCACAUAAUCUUCAUACCGGGGAGAUGACGGUGAGAGAGACGUUGGAUUUUUCAGGACGGUGUUUGGGCGUUGGGAAAAGAUACAAACUACUCACAGAUAUCUUGAAGAUGGAGAUAGAAGCAGGAGCCAAGCCUGAUCCAGAUGUUUUUGCGUUCAUGAAUGCCACCACAACUGUCCCAGAAAGAGAAACCAAUCUCAUCACGGAUUAUGUUCUCAAGAUUCUUGGGUUGGAAACUUGUGCUGAUACUAUGGUUGGUGAUCAAAUGAGAAGAGGUAUCUCUGGUGGAGAAAAGAAACGUGUCACUACUGGAGAGAUGUUAGUUGGGCCAGCAAAUGUGUUUUUCAUGGACGAAAUAUCAACCGGACUGGACAGCUCGACCACUUGUCGUAUCACCAAGUUCUUAAGACAAAUGGUUCAUGUCAUGGAUUUAACUAUGGUCAUCUCUCUUUUGCAACCCGAUCCCGAAACAUACAAACUUUUUGAUGAUGUCAUAUUAAUGUCAGAAGGGCAAAUUGUGUAUCAAGGUCCUUGUGAAAAUGCACUUCAAUUUUUCGAAUGGAUGGGAUUCAAGUGCCCAGAAAGGAAGGGGGUGGCAGACUUCCUUCAAGAGGUAACUUCAAUAAAAGAUCAAGAACAAUACUGGAUUAAGGUCGAUCAACCUUACAGAUUUAUUACGGUCCCUGAAUUUUCAAGAUCUUUCAAGUUGUUCCACAUUGGAGAGAAACUAGAAAUAGAUAUUCUUAUUCCUUAUGAUAAAUCAAAAGCACAUCCGGACGCGUUGGUGAAGGAAAAGUACGGAAUUUCUAAUAUGGAACUACUCAAGGCAUGCUUUGAUAGGGAAUGGUUGUUAUCGAAGCGUAACUCAUUGCUUUACAUAUUUAAGACGUUCCAGUUGACAUUUAUGUCAUUGGUAGGAAUGGCUAUGUUCUUCAGAACAGAAAUGCAUGUGGGAAGUUUGGAAGAUGGAGGGAAGUUUUUUGGUGCACUUUUUUUUGGUCUGCUUAUUGUAAUGUUUAAUGGGAUGGCUGAGCUUGCAUUGACCGUUAUGAGGCUUCCAGUUUUUUAUAGACAAAGAGAUUCAUUGUUGUAUCCAGCUUGGGCUUUUGCUCUUCCCAUUUGGAUACUCAGAAUCCCCUUAUCUUUUAUGGAAUCAGGAAUUUGGGUGAUUCUUACAUAUUACACUAUAGGGUAUGCGCCAGAUGCUACCAGAUUCUUUCAACAGUUCUUGACGUUCUUUGUCAUACAUCAAAUGGCUCUUUCCCUUUUUCGAUUGCUUGCUGCUGUUGCAAGAACAGAAGUACUUUCAAACACUUUGGGUGCCUUCACACUGUUGCUGAUAGUCACCCUUGGAGGGUUCAUAGUUGCCAAGGAUGACAGCGAGCCAUGGAUGUCAUGGGGAUUCUAUGCUUCUCCUAUGAUGUAUGCACAAAAUGCCUUGGUGAUAAACGAGUUUCUUGACAAAAGAUGGAGUUCUCCCAAUAUAGAUCCACGGAUUAAUGCAUCAACAGUUGGGGAAGCUCUUCUGAAAUCACGAAACUUUUUUACAGAAGACCAUUGGUUCUGGAUAUCUCUUGGAUCCCUUGUUGGGUUUUCGAUUCUCUUCAACCUAUUAUUUAUUCUAGCGCUAACUUUACUGAAUCCUCUUGGUGAUGCUAAACCUGGUAUCAGAGAGGAAAAUGAUAUCAAGAAUUCAAACAAUGACCCAACAAAAAAUGCGGUCUAUGAAGGAAUUGAUAUGGAAGUGAGAAGCAGUUCAGGAAUAAAUGAUUCGACUGUUGUUGCUCACCGUAUGAAAAGAAGAGGAAUGGUUUUGCCAUUUCAGCCUCUUUCACUUGCUUUCAACCAUGUCAACUACUACAUUGAUACACCUUUCGAAAUGAAGGCUAGAGGGGUUAAAGAUAAUCGCCUGCCAUUGCUCAAGGAUGCUAGCGGUGCUUUUAGGCCUGGGAUAUUGACUGCACUUAUAGGUGUUAGCGGUGCAGGAAAGACAACCUUGAUGGACGUGUUAGCAGGACGGAAGACGGGUGGAUACAUUGAAGGAAAUGUCUUCAUAUCAGGAUACCCGAAGAAUCAAACAACAUUUGCUCGUGUUAGUGGAUAUUGUGAACAAAAUGAUAUUCAUUCACCAAAUGUCACUGUUUACGAAUCUCUUUUAUACUCAGCAUGGCUACGCCUAUCUUCAGAUGUUAAUACGAGAACACGGAAGAUAUUCGUUGAUGAAUUGAUGGAACUAGUUGAGCUUAAUCCUUUAAGGGAUGCUGUAGUUGGCUUUCCUGGAGUAGAUGGUCUUACAAUAGAACAACGGAAGAGGUUGACGAUAGCCGUAGAGUUGGUGGCAAAUCCAUCCAUCAUCUUCUUAGAUGAACCGACAUCUGGUCUUGAUGCUAGAGCUGCAGCCAUUGUUAUGCGUACUGUAAGAAACACAGUUGAUACUGGGAGGACUGUUGUAUGCACAAUUCACCAACCGAGCAUAGACAUAUUUGAAUCUUUUGAUGAGUUGCUUCUGAUGAAGAUUGGAGGACAAAUUAUCUAUGCAGGACCUUUAGGCCACCAAUCUCACAAGCUUGUGGAGUAUUUCCAAGCUAUUUCAGGAGUGCCAAAGAUCAAGAAUGGAUAUAAUCCUGCUACAUGGGUAUUGGAAGUGACUUCUCCUUCAGUUGAAAGUCAACUUAAUAUUGACUAUGCCGACAUUUAUGCGAACUCCACCCUUUAUCAGGACAAUCAGGAACUAAUUAGGGAGCUUAGUGCCCCCCAAAGAGGUUCCGAGGAUCUCUUUUUUCGGACGAAAUACACGCAACCGUUUAUCAUACAGUGCAAAGCUUGUUUGUGGAAACAACAUUGGUCGUACUGGAGGAACCCACAAUAUAACGUUACUCGGUUCAUCACCACCAUCGUCAUUGCUGCUCUAUUCAGUGCUAUUUUCUUCAAUAAGGGCGAGAAGAUAUUAAAGCUACAAGAUCUUCUAGAUUUAUCGGGAGCUUUGUAUGCCGUCGUUCUCUUCCUUGGAGCAAUCAAUGAAAAUGCCGUGCAACCAAUUGUUGCAGUCGAGAGAACAGUUUUCUAUCGCGAAAGAGCUGCUGGGAUGUACUCGUCUUUACCUUAUGCACUUGCCCAGGUGACCAUAGAGUCUGUAUAUAUCGCGAUCCAGACUACUAUUUAUGCCUUGUUUUUGUACCCGAUGAUGGGAUUCGAGUGGACUGCUUCCAAGUUUUUGUGGUUCUACUACUACUUGUUUAUGAGUUUCAUCUGCUUUACUUUGUUUGGCAUGAUGACCAUGGCAUUGACACCAACCCCCCAAAUUUCUGCUGUUCUGUUGUACUUCUUCACCUGCUUGUGGAACUUGUUUUCUGGUUUCAUCAUCCCAAGGCCGAUGAUUCCAAUAUGGUGCAGGUGGUAUUACUGGGCAAACCCUCUCAGCUGGACAAUCUAUGGUUUGAUAACGGGCCAAAUCGGUGAGGACGAUCACCCAUUUGAGGUGCCUGGAGCUGGUAACAUGACGGUGAAAGGAUUCAUCGAAGAGAGAUUUGGGUACGAGUAUGACUUCCUACCGGUGGUGGCAAUGGUACAUGUUGGUUGGAUCCUUCUAUUUUUCUUUGGUUUUGUAUAUGCCAUCAAGUACCUCAAUUUCCAGCAUAGAUAAUAUUUGGAGCCCUUUUUUAAGUCUCUGAUUUGUUUCUCAUAAAAAGCCUCCAAAUAACUACAGAAUUAAAGGUCAAUAGGAAGAUAAAGAACCCAUUUUGUAGCCUACAAAAUAGCAAGUCAUGUGUUCAUUUUGUGAUCAUCAAAUCAUAAUACAAGGUAUUUUCUCU